AAGAUAGCAAUUGAAUAUUUAGUAAGAUAUUUAGCGAAUUUCUCUUCUGGAAUUUUGAAAGAAAUUUUAUUGAACCAAAAGUCAAAGCUAUCAUAUCAUUACAAUGGGAAAGAAGGAUGAUAAGGAGAGAUUUCAAGAUGUUGAGUACCACGGCUCUCCUCGUCGAGAAUCUUUCCUCUGCAAAUACGCUCUGACAAUGUUCUUUGCCAUUGGUUUUGGUAUGGCUUGUGGAUUGGUUGGAUAUUAUGUCGGGCAAUCAAACAGUCAAAAUGUUGAUGUCAUUGAUAGCGGAGAACCAACAUCAUUGCCUGAACCUCAGCCCGGAGAUUAUUAUGUUGGAAUUGGGAAGUAUGAUGUGACUGGACCUGUUGCCCAAGUCAAUAUGAUGGGAUAUGCAGUUCCUUCUCAAAUUGCUCACGGACUCCACAUGAGAUUGUACAGUCGGGCUUUCAUCUUCUCAGAUCUUGCUCAAAGCAAACGUUCAGUGUUUGUCAGUAUCGACUCUGGAAUGAUGACCCAACUUGUCAAACUCGAAGUCGUCAAAAAGUUGAAAGAAAAAUAUGGUGAUAUGUAUGAUGAAAAGAACGUUGUCUUAUCUGGCACCCAUUCUCACUCUGGACCUGCAGGAUUCUUUCAGUUCCUCUUGUUCGAAGUUACUUCACUUGGAUUCAUCAAGCAGAGCACAGACUCCUUUGUAGAUGGGAUUGUCAAGAGUAUUGACAUUGCCCAUUCAAACAUGCAAGAAUCCAUUGUCUACAUGUAUUCUGGAGACGUGGAUGAAGCAAACAUCAAUAGAAGUCCGAGUGCCUACACACAUAACCCCGAGAAUGAGAGGUCCAAGUAUACCCACAACACAGAACAAGAGAUGGUUCUAUUGAAGAUAACUUCCACUUCAGGAGCCGAUAGAGGGUUAAUAACUUGGUACCCAGUGCAUGGAACCUGCAUGAAUAACACUAACGAGUUAAUUAGCUCAGAUAAUAAAGGUCGCGCUUCAACGCUUUAUGAAAAUGAAAUGAAGCAUGAAGGAAUGCCGGACUACGUAGCAGCAUUCGCCCAAGCCAACCUAGGAGAUGUUUCACCGAAUACUGAAGGACCAAUAUGCAUUGAUACUGGUGAGGCAUGUGAUUAUGAGCAAUCAACAUGUGGCAACCCUCCCUCGGUGUCAAACUGCAUUGCAUUCGGUCCUGGGGACGAUAUGUUUGAGUCAACUGAUAUCAUUGGGACGAGGCAAUACCAGGCUGCAAAAAGAAUUCUAUCAAACGCCCCUGCACUACGUCUGCAAGGCCCACUCAACUUUGCUCAUCAGUUCGUUGAUAUGACGAAGGAGGAAGUCACAUUAGCUGAUGGAUCAAAGGCCACAACAUGUAAAUCUGCUAUGGGAUACAGUUUUGCUGCGGGAACAACCGACGGCCCAGGAGCCCUUUUCCAUCAAAGUCAGCUGGAGGGGACGCCAUUGUGGGAACUGGCUACCAAGCUUAUUGGAAAAAUUGUUUGCAAGACUGAGCCGACCCAAGCAGACUUCGAUUGUCACAAACCAAAGCCAGUUCUUCUGCCAACUGGAUGUAAUCAUGACAUCCCAUAUGCAUGGCAUCCUUCUAUCGUCGAUGUGCAAUUGAUUAGAGUUGGUCCGUUGAUCAUUUCCGCUGUGCCAGGAGAAUUCACGACAAUGGCUGGUAGGAGACUAAAGGACGCUGUUAAAGCAGAAGCAAUUAAGAUGGGAUGGCUAAAUAACUCCAAGGUUGUCAUAGCCGGUCUUUCUAAUGUUUACACUCACUAUAUCACUACACUUGAAGAGUUCGGAGCUCAGAGAUACGAAGGAGGAUCAACAAUUUACGGGCCGCACACUCAUGCUGCUUAUGUGGCGAGAUUUACAAAUUUGGUGGAGAAUUUAGUUAAAGGAACAGCAGCCGAUCCAGGACCAAUGCCUGAGAACAUUCUUGAGAGCCAGAUUGAGCUUCUACCAGCCCCAAGACCAGAUCGCGUACCCGAAGGAAAUGAUUAUGGCGAUGUUAUCACAAAUGCAAAUGAACUUUACCGAGGGGGAGAAAAGGUCUCAGUGAAAUUUUAUGGAGCGAACCCACGGCAUGAUAUGAGGCUCGGUUCUACGUAUCUUGAAGUUCAAAGAUUUGACCAAGACAACGGAGAUUGGGAGGCGUCAUUCACAGAUGCUGACUGGGAGACAAAGUUCAAAUGGGAGAAGAUGGACAAUAACAAUGUCACUAAAAAACUGACGAUGAUAGAUGGCCUAUUCAAUCUUAUUGCAAAAGUCAUUGGAUACAGAAUAAACCUGGACAGAAUGGAAAAAUUAAUGAAAACAGAUGAAUUUAGCAUGAAAGAUCUGAAACUGCUGAUAAUAUGGAAUACGCUGAGUCGAGGAAUAAGUACGACAUCUUGCAAAUUUUUUUUAACAGCACUUAUUCUUAUAGCCAGACUUGAAGCGAAAGACAUCUUGACCAAGGAAGAUAAACGUCCGAUAUUAGAAUACCCUACGACCGACGAAAGCCAUGUCACCAUAGAAUGGGACAUUCCAAAAGGACAGGUCCCAGGAACAUACAGGAUUGUAUACAAUGGGGAGCAUAUGUCUAAUGAUGGCGGAGAAGUGACUGUUACUUCGUUCAAGGGAAUGUCAAGAGAAUUUCAAGUCCAGAGUUAAAGACUUUUGAAUUGUAACUUUAUGGAGAUUUAUCCUAAUUUCUAGCAAAUGUGGAUGGUGACUUGUUUUCAUCUGAUAUUUGCUCAAUAAUGAUCUCAUAAUGUUUUUUAAUUUACUCCUUAGUGAUGUAACAAUAUUCUAUGCAGUUUAAAUUUUUGUGUGAAAAUAAUGAAAAUGAAUUAGUAUUAUAAACCUAUCAAUUGUGUAUAAUAAACCUAUUUCUAAAUCAUUUGCCAAAACUUAAAUUAUAUAUACCUAAUGUGAAUCUUUUAUUAUUCGUUUAUUGAUUGUUCAAUGCAUAUCUGUUCAAUUCAAAAAAAUUUUCACUCUGCUUCAAGACAUCCAAAAUACAGACUCUAAAUUGAUCAAAUGUUGGCUCCGACUCCCUGGUUAAUAAAAUGAGUUAAAAAAAAGGUGUUUCCGAAGUUUUCGUACCAAGAUGGCGCACAACAUGAACAUAGUAUGUCUACCAGGUUAGGGUUGUUCAGGUUGAGCGUCAUAUUGGUACGAAUAUUCCCGGAGCGGCUAAAAAAAGCAAUUUUUACUUGUAAAACUUGGCGUUUGCAAUCGUUGCACUUUUUAAAACUUUUGGUUUAUCUAAUUCCUUUUUUUUGACGAGUUAAAAUUGAAUUGUUUGAAAAUUCAACUCUUACGGUGAAAAAUGCCAAAGUUAGACUCAACAUCCCAAGCUUCGUUGCAACAAUGUAUUCAUGUUUAAUUUUUCAUUGCAGUGUUCCAAUAGCAAUUGUUUGUUUAUGUGUUAACAAAAUGCAUUGAUGAUUUAGGUUGGUAUUUUAAUUUAUCGUAAAGAACUGAAAAAAUAUGGGAGAUAAUAACCAUACUGAAAAAAA